GUUGUUGUUGCAAAAUAAUGCCGGCUCAAUCAAUUCCCGCCCUUGCUCUCCUCCUUCCGGUUCGAGACGAAUGCGGCCUCCGCUCCUCCCGCCGCACCUCCUCCGCCGCCUUGACGGCAGCACCCUCUCCACGCCGCUGCUCGACCCCCUCAUCCGCACCACCUCUUCCUCUUCCUCCACCCCGCACCACUCCUUCUCCCUCUACCUCCUCCUCCUCCGCUCCGCGCUGCGGCCCUCCCACCUCACCUUCCCCUUCCUUGGCCGCGCCGCCGCUCGCCUCGCCUCCCCGCGCCUCGCCCUCUCGCUCCACGCGCACCCGCUCCGGCUCGGGCUCCUCCCCUGGGACAUCUAUGUCGCGAACUCUCUCGUCCACAUGUACGCGGCCUGCGCCCUCCCGGACCUCGCCCGCCGCCUGUUCGACGAAAUACCGCGGCCGAACCUUGUCUCCUGGAAUGCACUUCUCGAUGGCUACGCCAAGUGCCACGACCUCCUCUCCGCCCGCUGUGUGUUCGACCGGAUGCCCCAGCGGGACGUGGUCUCCUGGAGCGCCAUGAUUGACGGGUGCGUCAAGUGCGGGGAGCAUCGUGAGGCGCUGGCGUUGUUCGAGAUGAUGGAGACCACGGGGGCUGGCAAUGGUGUUAGAGCGAAUGAUAUCACAAUGGUCAGUGUGCUAGGCGCGUGUGCUCAUCUGGGGGACCUUGGGCGGGGAAGGCAGAUGCAUCGUUACCUUCAGGAGCGUGGCUUCCUGCUGAACCUCAGGCUCGCCACCUCUCUUGUGGACAUGUAUGCCAAGUGCGGGGCAAUCAGCGAGGCGCUUGAGGUGUUUCGGGCCGUGCCAGUGACCAGCACCGAUGUUCUGAUAUGGAACGCUGUGAUUGGUGGACUUGCAGUGCAUGGGUUGACCAUGGAGUCGGUGCAGAUUUUCCAGGAGAUGCAACAUUCUGGUGUUGUGCCAGAUGAGAUCACAUACCUUGGUUUGUUAAGUGCUUGCGUACAUGGUGGUCUAGUGGGUGAGGCCUGGAGGUUAUUUCGCUCACUUGAAGCUCAAGGGCUCAGACCACAUGUCGAGCACUAUGCUUGUCUUGUAGAUGUGCUUGGUCGAGCGGGCCGCUUGGAGGAAGCAUAUGGUGUUGUUAAGAGUAUGCCAAUGGAACCCAAUGUGUCUGUACUUGGUGCUCUCUUGAAUGCAUGCCAUCUGCAUGGAUGGGUAGAGUUAGGGGAGGUAGUCGGCAGGCAGCUUGUCCAAUUGCAGCCAGAUCAUGAUGGCAGGUACAUUGGGUUGUCCAAUAUCUAUGCUAUUGCUAGGCGGUGGCAAGAGGCAAAGAAAGCAAGAAAGGUGAUGGAGGAGAGAGGAGUGAAAAAGAUCCCUGGGUUUAGCGAGAUUGAUGUUGGUGGAAGGCUCCACAGGUUUAUUGCCCAUGACAAGGCUCAUUCUGGCUCAAGAGAGAUAUAUGCGUUGCUUAAUCUUAUAACGGUGGAGAUGAAAAUGAAGGAUGAUGUUGUCAUUCCAGAAUACUUCUGUACAUACAGAUAGGACAAUGGGUGCCUAAUGGAUCUCUCAAAAGUAAGUUCUCCUUCAGGAUUCUGAUCAUGCAUCCUGUCUGAAUCAGGGGAAAUUCAUUGUAGCUCUUGGUUCUGGUUACUUAUGCAGACUUGGUUUUUGUUGAAAAUUUGACUGCCAAACAUAACCUAGUUGUGAGGAGAUCCAUCAAGAGCCAGAUAUUUGAAGAGGAGAUGAAAUACAUUUGUGCGCUGCUACAGGAAGCAGAGCUAUAGAAGAAGUAUGACGUGUGCAUAUGGUCUUGAGAUUCUUUGAGCUGCCAGCAGAAAAGUGCAUUCUGUUGCUGGACGGCAAUCAGAGAGUAAACAUCUUCAGUAACUGUUUCACCUAUGGCUUCUGCUUGUAUGGAUGAUUGAUCAUCAGAUAGAUAAGGGCAAGAACAUUCCAAAGACUGCUGACUAUUUAUGCCAGAUGGUGCUGAACCAUGUCGUAGAGAUUUCAUCAAUAUACAUUACAAGUAUGCUUCACAAAUUGAUACACUGGCCAUAGUUUUUCUCAAGAAUCUGCAGUUGUAAAAAUGUACCAAUUGCUAGGAUCAUGUGCCAGAACUGCGUAUGUAGCCUGUGCUGAGCUUUGCCCGUUAACCAGAUCUCUGGUUGUGUAUAGCGCUCAAA